AUGGAUGUCACCUCCUCUCUUUCUUCGCUCAGUGCGAGCGGAGAGGACGGGAGAGAAGAGGAAGCAGAGGAGGACGGAGAAAGCGAAGGUGAAGAAGAGGAAGAAAAGGACUUUUGCUGGGGCGAUGAUGGAAAGGAGACAACCGGACAAGAUUCGGCGCCUUCAGCGAAAGGGCCUCCGGUGUGCAAUGAGUUCCUCGAAGAGGGGACUGUCUCCUCCGCAGCUCUUGCCUGCCUGAUCUCUCGUCCGUCCCUCUUUCUCCUGCCUUCCGUCAAACUCUCUCUCUCUGUCUCCAUCCGUCUCUCUCGCGUUGUUUUAUUUCUCUCUCUGGCUCUCGGCUGGGUCUCGUUUCACUGCGCCGUCGCCGGUGCCCCCGCAUCUUCCGCUUUCCCGCCUCUCUCGUGUUCUUCUCCUCCUCACCUUUUCUCUUCUGCUUCUCUCGCGGUCGCCGUCUACUGUCCCGACGCGAUGGAGACCACUUCCUCCUCCGCUGCGGAGGACUCCGCGCAGGUGAAGUGCGAGGGAUGCGGCAAGCUCGUAAAGCCUGAGCUGGCGUGCCCGACUUGCGUCAAGCUAGGCAUUAAGGGCAGCUACUUCUGCAGUCAAGCCUGCUUCAGAGCCAGUUGGAAGCGGCACAAAGACGUCCACGAGGUUUUCCGCAUGCUCCAGAAGCAUCAGGGAGAGACCUGCGCCGUUGCCAACUACGACCCCCACAAUCGUGCCGCAUGGCGAAACAACGCCCACCUCAGCAACUUCCUCUCUUUUUCCUUCACCGGUCCGCUGCGUCCCUGGCCGAUUCGCGAGCGCAUGCGCACGGUGCCUGCGCACAUUCCACAGCCAGACUACGCGCUGACUGGCGUGCCGCAGUCUGAGCUCGACAGCAAGCGGAAAAGCAACGUCCACGUCCACUCGCCCGAGGAACUCCAAAGGCUGCGCGAAGCCUGUCUGCUGGGGCGUCGCGCACUGGAUUUAGCGCACAGCCUCGUCAAGCCCGGAGUCACGACGGAGGAGAUUGACGCCAAAGUGCAUGCGUUCAUCGUGGAGAACGGCGGCUACCCUUCGCCGCUGAACUACCAGCAGUUCCCCAAGUCCUGCUGCACCUCUGUCAACGAAGUCAUCUGCCACGGAAUUCCUGAUCUCAGGCCCCUGGAAGAAGGGGACAUCGUCAACGUGGACGUCACCGUGUUCUAUAAAGGCAUGCAUGGCGACUUGAACGAAACAUACUUUGUAGGCGAAGUCGACGCCGACAGCAAGCGGCUCGUUGAGGGCGCCUACGAGUGCCUCAUGGCGGCCGUCAAACAGUGUCGCCCCGGCAUGAUGUACCGCGAAAUCGGGCGGAUUGUCUCCGACGUCGCGGACAAGCACAACCUCUCCGUCGUCAAGUCCUACUGCGGCCACGGCAUCGGCGAGCUGUUUCACACGACUCCCAACAUCCCGCACUACCGAAAGAACAAGGCAAUCGGUGUGAUGAAGCCUGGUCACGUGUUCACGAUUGAGCCGAUGAUCAACCUGGGGAAGUCGGGCGACGUGCUGUGGCCCGAUAACUGGACUGCAUGCACAAUCGACGGCAAACGCUCUGCGCAGUUUGAGCACACGCUUGUCGUCACGGAGGAGGGCGUUGAAGUCCUCACGAAGCGGCUGGAGAGCUCGCCGCCUCUCGAGUUCGACUCCGCGCCCUACGAUCUCGCAUGA